UAGCGUCAUCGGAUUCCCGUCCUCACCGCGCAUGCGUCUGCCUUGACUGUCGAGGCAAGUGUCGAAGGCUGCCCUGCAGACCGAACGCAGCUUCAGCUGGAGUCUCAGGUUCAGCUGCUGGGUGGAGAACCAGGAAGAAGCAGUGUGUUCGUCUCAUCAAGCAGUUUAGUCAGACUGGACUGCCCUCUUGUAUCACUAUGGAGGGCCCUGCGGUGGAAAACCUCAUAGACUUUGGCAUACCUUCCAGCACAGAAGCGACAGCACCCUCUUCCGUUGAUCCUCCCGACUUGUUAUCAGCCGAGCCUCUUGUCCCAGAGUCUGUGUGUGAGCUUCCAAAGCCCAUGGCCCCAAGACCAGCUGCAUAUGGAAGAGAGGAAGAUGCUGAAGACAGCGAUGCCACAGAGUCUGCAGACAGUGAGAAUGAGGCCACUGAUUCACCCUCCCACACUUCCAACUCCCGCCGCUCAUCUUCCUCAUCCAAUCACAGUGCUGAGGACGCCGAUGUAGCUGAACGGCGAGAAUUCAUGAAAGCCUAUGUGGAGAAGGUGUUUCAUGGAAGGGAGGACUUUGACCAGGAGGAGAAAGCACGCUUCGGCGAGUUGUGUAGUGGUGAAAACGGCAAAGCCAGGGAGUGGUUUGCAAAAUACGUCAGUGUGCAGCGCUGCAACUCUAAGUGUGUGAGUGAGCAGACGUUCUACCGACUGGUGCAGUCUUUUGCAGUCGUCCUGUUUGAAUGCUACCAGAUGGAUGAUUACAGCCCUGCCAAGCACUUAAUGACCAUGUGCUUCACAUACUAUUACAUUGGGAAGAUGCAGCUGUCACCUACAGAGCUCCUGGAGAAGCCGAGUGCAGGUUUCGACUCGUACCUGCGCAGCAGCAAAGUCUGGCUCUCCGGCAAGAAAGACAUUGCUGAGAAGUUGUUGAAAAAUACAACGACCAAGACGGAUAUGAAGAGUUUCUUCGGUGGACUGGAGAGCAAGAUCAGAGGCCCGGCUGCCCGAAAGAAUGAAGAGGCAGAUAGUCCAACAGAAGGCAAGCCUAAAACACCAGCAUGGCCUACAUCGCCAGAUAAGAAAAAAGGAGAGAAGAUAUACCUGUACACACACCUUAAACAGCAACCAAUCUGGCACACGUUAAGGUUUUGGAAUGCUGCAUUUUUCGACGCUGUGCACUGUGAGAGGAACAAAAGGUCCCCCACCACGAGGGAAAAGUGGUGUCAUAUGACCCAGGAAGAGAAAGACGACAGCUCUAGGAUUGAAGAAAACAUCACCUUUGGACAGCUGGGAACCUUCACCCAUAAUAUGCUCGCCUUUGGAUUGAGUAAGAAACUCUGCAAUGAUUUCCUCAAGAAGCAGGCGAUUAUUGGAAAUUUGAAUGAAGAGCAAUACAAGUUGCUGAGUGAUCAUAUUGAACAGAUGGCUGUGGAGUGAAUGGCAGCUACAGAGGACUCCACUAUCCUCCUGUUCUAUCCUACUGUUGGGUUCCCUCAUGUAGAACACCAUUCAGCUCCAAGUGGAAACUCGUUUAUCCUAUCGAGCACUGCUACAGCCCACCUUCACUUGAACCAACUUCUAAAAUCCAGCAGCUGAAAUUAACAUAUCUAUAAGGUGGUAAGGACGUUGCACUUAUGCCAUUGUUGCUCACUAUAACUCUAUACUUCUGCUAUGCUGCUGCAUCACACAAAUGCUAUGUUUUUAAAUUGCGCAUCAGUCCCAGACAGAUCAGUCUCAUGAAAUAAAUGUACGGUAUAUAAUGUAUUCAGUAACCAAUUCAGCUAAGCUAAGCUGACUCUGGAAGUAUUUUUAUUGAGCUGGGUGAACUGUAAAUGUCGACAAAAUGCAGUUCUGUCACUCACCCACCCUCCCCCCAUUCUAUUACUCUUUCAAAUUUUGUUUCCUCUUUUUUUUUGGCAGCCUCUCUCUCUCUCUUUUUAUAUGGCAACAACAUAAAGAAAUGUACAACAGGGCAUUUAGGCUGUAAUUCAAACUUGACUUAUGACGCACUCGAUCAUAUUCUCAAACAUGUUAUCAGGUUCUCAUGUGCAGGCUAUCAGGCCUGUUACACAGUAUGACCGUGUGGUAGUGUCCACGUGAGAAUAUGAUAAUGUGUGGUAAAGAGUUGUGAUGGCGUGUGUGAGAAGGUAUGGUUGAUCGUGUGUAUGAGACAGUGUGGUCGCGUGUAAGAGUGUAUGAUGGUAUGUCAGUGGAUUUGCUGUUGUGUGUGUGUGUGUGUGUGUGUGUGUGUGUGUGAGAGAGAUGUCAAGUUUGAAUUACGCUUAAACAGCCUUCCUUUAAAAAAAAAAAUCUAUUAUCGCAGACUCAGCAUUUCCAAACUGUUUAUAGUCUAAUUUUUUCCCCCAGAAAUGUGAGCCCCGUAUCAUUCAUGUGCAAAACAGUAUUAAGUACUCCUUAUAUUAUCCAUAUGGUGUGUGUGAGCCUCCAAAAUGAAAAUUUAAAACUCCAGUCUGUCCAAAGUGCCUUUAACAAAUUUUCCCCUGUGAUGUGUCCUUGUUAAAUGUUGGAAAUAUAAGCCUCCAGUUUUACAUAUUUUAGUCCCCCCACCACAUUUACAGUGUGGUUAUAUCAGACAUUUAAGUCAGUUUUGCAUUUGUUUGUAAUCUACUGUAUGUGCACUCUAAGUCUGUGUUUAUAGAGUAGUUCUGAUUGUUUGUUUAGUGAUGGAUCAAUGCAAGUUGUAGUGUUGUGUAACACUUGUUGUCGUGUUUGUGCUGUCCUGUGCAUGUGUAUUCAUGGUGAAGUGAGCAUUCUUGUUGUGUAAUGUCAUGUCCAGUCAAUAGGGGGCGGUCAUGUUACUCCAUAUUAGCUGCUGAGCAGUGGAGGAGAAUGUUAAACAAAUCUGGUGUUUUAGAAAGAUGUAAGAAACUACUGAAGUCUUCUUGCAUGAGGAUAAGGUAAAGUUAAUAUAUAAUAUAAAAGUUUGUAAAUACAGAGAUUCUAUCACAGAAUAUUGUCGUUUGCAUUGCAACACAAUGGCUGGUUCAAAAAGGGAUCACUGGACUGUAAAAUGUUAAUUUAUAUAAGGUGUUUAUGUUUUUGUCACACGAUGGACCUGGAUAGUUUUGUUGGAAAAAUGUGUGCUUUUCAAAUCCUGUAUAUGUGUUCUUUAUGUACUGUGGAUGCUUUUGCUUUACUGUCCUCAUAUUCCCUGCUGGAAUGUACCUGUUAGACCAUGUCUGUUGUGUGUUUCUAAUAAAAGAUGUUUAACCUGA